UCAAAGAAAAGUAUAGAUUCUCUCCGAAAAUAUUAACGGCGCAGCAAGAGCUCACGAAGAAGAAAUGUCCGCAGCCGGAGUGACGACCAGCCCCGCCUCGAUUCCUCCCCGCCGCCCCGCCGGAUCGAGCAAUGGAGGACGCCGCCGCCGCCGCCGCCGCCGCCGCCGCCGCCAACAACCGCCGCCACUGCCCGUCCUCCGCCAAGGCCAACCCCUCCACCGUCACCACCGCCACCACCGCGCGUGCCGGCGACUCGCUGAAGGGCUCCCCCGUGGACGUCGAGUGCGACCCCGAGGUGUGGGAGAUGUUCAACAAGAACUUCCGGCAGGUGCAGACCCUGCUCGACCGGAACCGCUCGCUGAUCCGGCAGGUGAACGACAACCACCAGUCGAAGAGCGCCAAAAACAUGGUCAAGAACGAGGCCCUGAUCCACGAGAUCAACCAGAACAUAUCGAAGGUGGUGUCGCUCUACCCCGAUCUCUCCACGGAUUUCUCCUCCGCGUUCCACCAGCGAGAGACGAGCGGCACCGGUUCCGCGUCCAAAGGAAGCAGCCCCUAAUCGUGACCCCUUAUCGAGAACCCCUUCUGUAGGAUUGGGAAUUUUUUCUGCAGGAGUGAAGGUCCAGUUGCCUUGGGUUUGCAAAUUAGGGCGACUAGGGGUUGCCAUGAACAGAAACUCUCCGGCUUCCGUCUUUGUUCGUGGGUGUUGAUUUCAUCAGAUUUACUGGGCAAGAACAGAUGGAUUGUGCUUUAGGAGCGCUGUAAUGGCUAUCGCCCAACUUUGAUCUGAUGUAAAGAGCUCGAUCUGUUCUAGCUGUCUUCCUUGUAUUCAUACACUUGCUAUGUCGCUUCGGUAAAUCUCACAGUAUGGGAUGUGACCCUGUAAUUUCUCACAUCUAACCUGAACUUAGGCCUUAUCUCCCAAUGACCACCCCCAUUGUCAUUGCGCAUAA